CUCGUGUUUGAACGCUUGUGUGACACUGCACCGUUGGGCCAAAGUUGCUCAACGCAGACAGAAAUGACUUGGCACCCGCCGGGGCAGAAUGUGGGAUGACUCCAUGGAGGCCGUUCCUGAUUUUCAGGGGCCUUAUCCAGCUGGAGAUGCGGCGAGCAGCCAAGUGGCGCCCAAGGUCCUAUGCUGUAUUUGGGGUGAGCUACGUGGGGUACUGGCGACUUUGGAUUCUCUACGCGCGAUGUUGCUUGAGCCCCUGAGCGCGGAUCUGCUGGCCGUCGCCCAGCGCCAGCUGUUGGACGACGAGCAGCGCCUCACCGCGCUCAGCUCGAGCCGCCUGGUGGGCGCGAAGCUCUACGAGAAGCCUUCACCAGAGACAUUCUUUGGCGAGCAUUAUGAAUACAUGUCGCAAGUGCGCGGCAACUGGCUCAAUGCUGGCAACACGCAGGUCCUCAUCAACCACAAGAUGUUGGCAGACUACCUUAGAUCACAAAACAUGUACGAGAAGUACGACCUUUUCGUAUUCACCCGAUCUGAUCUUCUUCACCUGCUUCCUUUCCCGGGCGCCGCUGAUCUUCGGCGGUGCCUGGGUCGCACAGAUGUGCUGACCCAGGCCGGCCACGAGUUUGGAGGUGUGAACUACAACUUUGCCAUCAUGCAGAGUGCCGUUGCUGAGCAGUACCUCACAGCCCCCUACGACACAAUCGUGUCCCGAUCCCUGCCCAACCGGCAGAAGGUGUACAACAUCGAGCUGUUCUGGAGAGUGAUCCUCGCCCAGAAAAGCAUUCGCAACCUGCGGAUGCCGGUUACCUGCUUCGUGACAGGGGAAUCCGUGGAGGAUAGGACGUCCUGGCGCAAGAUCCGGCAUUCCGAGGAGCAUGAUGUCAUUUACAAGUACCAAGCCCAGAUGGAGGAAGCCUUCAGGAACUUAGAGAUUUGGAAGCAACAUCCAGAGUGGACAGUGCUGCGGCCGCCCCUGGGUCUUCAGGUCACUGAGGUGCACGGCCAGGCGCGGCGGCUCUUCGGGCUGCACUUCGCCGCGGAGGUGCCGGACCGGUCGGUGGCAUCCAAGGCAGAGGGAAGUGAAGAGUUGGAGGAGACGGUGCGAUUUCAUUGCGUGCCGAAGAAGGGCUGGGACCGAUACUUUCGUGGAAUGCAUUGCCAAGCCUGCAACACGAUCAACUGGAAAGGUUCUGGUGGCUUGCCACAACCACCUCAGUCAGGCUGCUGGCUGCUUCCCACCUCUGAUGUAGCGGCAACUGCAGUUGCCCAGCAGCAAGAAGCGUUGAAAGCCCUCGGCUGGCGUGUGGUGAGCUCGACUCCCGAGGUCUUGAAGAGCCUGGGGAACAAGGUUGGCCUGCAGGACUUUGCCAAGGCCAAUGGCCUGAUGGACUUCUUGCCAAGGCGGUAUGCCUCUGCAGAAUGCGCAGAAUUCCCGUGCAUUCUCAAGAAGGCAUAUGGUGAAUUUGGAAAGGAGUGCUGCAUAGUCAACAGCACGGAGGAGGUGCACCAGGUGGCCAAGGAAGGUCUGGGAUCGCAAUGGGUGCUGCAGGAGCUCAUCCGCGGACGCUGCGAGGUGUCCACCACUGUGCUGGUCGACUGCGGCGUCAUCUUGGACGAAGUCAGCACAUGCUAUGAGUAUGAUUCGGAGGUGUAUGUGUGGCCGCGGUGCCGAAGGAUCAGCAAACAUGUGCACCACGUGCCGGAUGAUCACUUGCAGAUUUUCCAGCUCUUCCUCCAAGACUACCGCGGCAUCUGCAACUUCAACUACAAGGUCUGCGACUCUGGGCAGCUGAGCAUUUUUGAGCUGAAUACUCGGAUAGGAGGUGAUUUGGCGGUCGAUGCUCCCCGAGACAGAGCGAAGCGACUGUUUGAGAAGUUGGAUGAGCACUUCCACUGCCCAUAGUGGACUAAGACGCCCUUUGCAAGCGUUUUCAACGGCUUGCCCAAAGCCAAGGUUUGCCCAAAGCCGGCAAGCCUCAGAAUCCGAUUUAUUGAAGAAACACGA